CUUAUAUAGAAACAGAGUGAGUAACGUCACCCAAAAUCCUUCCCGCCCAUUGCCAUUCCCCACCGCGGCUCUCUCUCUCUCUCUCUCUCCCCAAUGCCUGCUGAUUUGGGUCUCAUCAAAUUGGAUGACGAAAUCGACGGAGAUGAAAUCGGCACCAGAAAUUUCCGCUUCUCCAAGAUUGGAGAAUCCGUCCCUAUUCUCCAGUCCGACGGCGCCACCUCCCACUUCGACCCCCAAUCCCUUCCUUCCCAGCCUUUGGCCGUCUCCGAGCGCUUCGGUCUCCUCUUUCUAGUACAUCCGCAGGGCCAAGGGUUUUAUGUUGCUCGGACCAAGGACGUGAUGGCAUCGGCCGAGGCCAUCAAAGACAAAGGACCAGCCCCGUCACUACAGGAGUUGAGCCUCGUGCAUGUUGCCAUUGGAACGGUUUCAAUACUGGCCCUCGCAGCCGAUGAUUCUUUGCUCGCUGCAACUGUUUCUAGUCACGUCCAUUUCUUUGCUAUUAGUGCAUUGCUCCAUAAGGACCAAAAGCCCUCAUAUUCAGUCUCACUUGAAGAUUCCCUUUGCAUCAAGGAUGUACGUUGGGCUAGAAAAGAUGCAAAAGCUUAUAUUAUUCUUUCGACCAGUGGAAAACUAUAUCAUGGAUCCGGUCAAGGUCCCCUUACUUGUUUGAUGGAAGAUGUUGAUUCUGUUGACUGGAACAUCGGAGACAAUUAUAUUGCAGUGGCAAUAAACAAUGUUAUCAGCAUUUUAUCGUCUCACUUUAAGGAAAAGUUAAGAUUCUUGCUAUCUUUCCAAUCGGUCAUUGGUGAUGCUGAUGCUGGUCAGGUUAUCAAAGUGGAUUCCAUCCGAUGGAUCCGUCCAGAUAGUAUAGCUGUUGGAUGUUUCGAAUUAAAUGAUGAUGGUGAGAAGGAGAAUUACAUUGUCCAAGUAAUCACAAGCAGGGGCCGAAGACUUACUGAUGCAUCUCCGAAACCAAUCAUUUUGUCAUUUAAUACUAUAUUCAUGGAUUUCCGUUCUGAUGCUGUGCCCACUCCAACCGGACCGCAUCUGUUUCUCAGUUACCUAGAUCUUUAUGGGCUGGCGUUUGUUGCUAAUAGAAACCUGUCCCAGAAAGUUGUGUUAUUCUGUUGGCCGGAGGAUAAUGGGAAGAACGAAGCUGCCAUGGUUGAGAUUCUUGAUGAUGCUUGGAAUCUUUAUAUCGAUUCUCAAGAUGAUGGUGAAGAAAAUGUGAUCCUUGGACUCUCUGUUGACAAGGCUUCCCAGAAUGAGAAUCUCAGUUUCACACUGGGGGAUGUGGAAAGAGAAGUCUCACCUUGUUGUGUGAUUAUAUGCAUAACAAUUGAUGGGAAGAUCUCAGUUUUCCAUUUUGCUAGUGCUGCAGGCGCUCUAUCAUCAGCUGGAGGAUGUGCAUCCAGUGAGGAAGAUGAUGCUUCACAGGAACUGAUGAAGCAUGAGCUGCCCCUGAUUUCAUCUGCAGGUUGUGAGGAAAGUAGAAACAUAAUCUCUUCAACUUUCCGAUCUCAUGAACUUCGUGGAACUGAAGUUGAGACAAGUGCUAAGGGCACUGCAGUAAAUAAUUUAUCGCCAUCUACCAAUUUAGAGAUCAGAACACGAGAGCAAAGUACUGUAGAAAACAUGGAAUCCCAGAGACUGAAAGUUGAUGACCCAAAGAAAGUUCUCUCGACAGAGGUAAAUGUGCAUAGUAAUGCUGAGCAUCAGUCAAUAUCAGAAGUUGUACCCAGCAAAGGUUUCUUCUCAGGAAAAGUAGUGGGUGAUGUUUCUCAUCAAUCAAUAAGCAACUUGCCAUCAUUUGGAUCUAACGUGGAGCUGGAGCCAUUACAUAAAAUGCAGCCAUCCACCACUACUCCAAGCACAUGGCAUUUAUCGGUGUCAAAUGCAAGUGGUGAUGCUUCAGAAGUUCCUGAUAAGGAUGAUAAUUCAAAUAAAGGCGCAUUACAAUCUACCACAAGUAUACUGAAAAAUUCAACAGACUUGAAAGAAAAACCUUCUGUGACUUUUACAUCAUUUGGACAGACAUUGUUGAGUGCACAGGGAACUAGAAACCUACUGCCAGCAUAUCCUAGUUCACAAUUGCCUUCAGGGAGUAUAUUUGCUUCAGGAAAAGGGUUCCAGUCUGAAUCCAAAAAGGAACUGAAUGCACCUCCGUCUCCACCAUUGCUGUUGCAGAGUAGUUUUGCUUCUGGAAAAGCGUUUCAGUCUGAACCCAAGAAGGAACUGAAUGCACCUCUGUCUCCACCUUUGCUAAUGCCGAGUAGUUUUGCUUCAGGAAAAGUGUUCCAGUCUGAAUCCAAGGAGCCUAAUGCACCUCCGUCUCCACCGUUGCUGAUGCAGAGUAGUUUUGCUUCAGGAAAAGUAUUGCAGUCUGAAUCCAGGAAGGAACUGAAUGCAUCACCGUCUCCAACGUCGCUGACUCACUUUAUGCAGAAUGCAUCUAAACAUUUUGGAAAUGUUGAAGAAAUGACCAAAACACUUGACAAUCUGCUUGAAGGCAUUGAAGGAAAGGGUGGCUUCAGAGAUGCAUCCAUAACUUCUCAAACAGAAUAUGUUACAGAGUUGGAGGAAGGAAUAUGGGCUCUUUCCGACAAAUGCGGAAUGUGGAGGGGCUUAUUGAAUGAGAAACUUGGGGAAACUCAAGUUUUGCUUGAGAAGACAGUGGAAGUUUUGGCAAGGAAAAUAUACAUGGAAGGGUUGUUCAAACAAACAACAGAUAAAAAAUAUUGGGAAUUUUGGAACCGUAAAAAAUUGAGUUCGGAGCUGGAACUGAAACAGAGACGUAUAUUAGAACUGAACCAGGAAUUGACCAAUAAGUUGAUUGAAUUAGAGAGACAUUUCAAUUCUCUGGAGUUUAAUAAGUUUCGUGAAAAUGAAGGAACCCAAAGGGAUCGCAGAGCUUUGCAGAAUAGGCAAGGACGUUCAAGGCAAAUUCAAUCCUUACACAGUGUACAUAAUACAGUAACUGCACAACUAUCGGUUGCUGAGCAGCUCUCUGGGUGUCUCUCAAAACAAAUGGCUGCUUUGUGUAUUGAGUCUUCUGGAAAACAUGAUGUCAAGAAGCAGCUUUUUGAAUCCAUUGGUCUCACAUAUGUUGGUGAUACUGAAAGAUUCCCAGCUAGGAAUAGGACCUCUAUCGCUUCAGGCUCUAUUGAUGCUAAAGAACAGUCUAGAAGAAACCAAUCUAGCUACCCCAAGGGCAGUGAACCAAAAACUGCGAGGAGGCACCGUGACACUCUUGACCGUAGCUGGGCGAGCUUUGACCCUCCAAAAUCAACUGUAAAGAGGGCGCUGAAAGAAGAUUAUGAGAAGGGAAGUCCUAAUCGGUCAUUGCUAAACAUCAAUAAACAAUAUCUCAGUCCUCGGAAGAAAUCAGAGGUUUCUCAUUCAGAACUUUCAAAUACCUCUGGAGCUUUUCUGAAGCAUUACAAAAGCAAAGAGUUUACAACUUCAGCAGAACAGUUCACUGACAGUGCAUCAUCUUUGCUCCAUGCGACCCCUGGAUUUCAAGAACGUGCAAUUCAAGGAUCAUCGACUAAGAGUCCUUCUGCAUGGCUACCACCGUCCAUUUCACAGACAAGAAUGAGUCAGAACCUUGAACUGGGUGCUUCCGGACUUGAAGAUGACAAAACAAAGAGUAGCCUACCUUCUUCUACUGGAACAAAAUACUCUUUUGCUGCAAGCGAGUCUAAAUUUCUCCAGCAGUCUGACACAAGCUUCCGUCCGUUAACAUCAAUGCCUGAGCAGUUUCUGACUCCACCCUUUGGCUCGACUGAGAAUUUAGAUCACUUAAAGGCAACGUUAACAUCAAUGCCUGAGCAAUCUCUGACUUCACCCUUUGGCUCGACUGGGAAUUUAGGUCACUUAAAGGCAGCAACCAAGGAUCAGAAGAACACUAAUCGGGUGUCUGAGACAUUAUUAGAUACUAAAUUUCCAGCAACUCUCUCUUCUGCUUUUAGCUCAACGAAUCAAUCAGAAAAGAGUUUAUUCAGUAAAAGUUCUGAAAGGCGAAGCAGUCCUAAUGAUGUAUUGGGUUUUUCAUCACCGUUGAGUAAUAAUUAUCCAUCACCCUCCUUGGUGUCAAAAGCAAGUUCAUCAACAUUAUUUCCUGAAACUCGUUUCGGUUCUGAAGCCAAGAAGGAUGUGUCAGAGCAGCAGACAUCAGUUUCUUCAGCAGUUACUUUGCCUUCUAUGUUGCCUUCAUUGAUUGACAGGAGCAAUUCUGCAUCUGUAUCCUCUUCGAACGUUAUCAAAUCGGAACCUUCUUUGGCAAUGUGUGGAUCAAAAACGGAGGUACAGACUAAGGUUGAUACUAUUCCUUCAAAUACUGAAACGGGUGCUAAGAUGCAGACUUCAAUUGAUUUACCAACCAAUUCCAUGUCUGAGAGUCAAAAUGAUGUGGGUGGCUCAUCAGAGAAUUCUUUUGUUCAAUCAGUUAUUAAAGCAGAAAUUCCUUCAGCAACUGUAGCAGUUUCAGCAGUUGCACUAUCAAGGGAAGGGAUUAAUGGAAGCAUGGAAAGUGCUAUUUCAAAUUCUUCUCAUGAGGAGGAAAUGGAGGAAGAAGCCCCUGAGACGGAUCAGACAACUAAUAUCACAUUUGCAAACCUUGGUGGGUUUGGCAUUGGGGCAACUCAAAACUCGACCACUGCAAAAGCAAAUCCAUUUGGUGUAGCAGCCCUUAACAAAGAUUCAACUCCUGCUACCUCCCCAUUUAUGAUGACUGCAUCCAGUGGUGAGCUGUUUCGCCCUGCGUCUUUCAACUUCCAACCAUCACAACCUUUGCAGCCAACAACUGGGAACUUCUCUGGAGGAUUUAGUUCUGGUAAUGUUGGUCAAGUUUCAGCUGCAGCUGGAUUUGGGCAACCUGCAAACGUAGGAGCUGGCCAACAAGCUCUAGGCUCAGUGCUUGGUUCUUUUGGACAGUCUAGGCAGCUUGGGACAGGUAUACCUGGAAGCAAUGCUGGCUUUGGGCGUGGAUUUACAGCUGCUCCUUCAGGUGGCGGAUUUGGAAGUCUUGCGACAGGUGGUGGCGGUUUUGCUGCUGCGGCGACAGCUGCUGGAGGAUUCGCUGCCGCUGCAGCAGGGGGUGGAUUUGCUGCCGCUGCAGCAGGGGGAGGAUUUGCUGCUGCUGCUGGUAGUGCUAAUGCUGGAGGCGGGUUUAUGUCUUCUGCGACAGGUUCAGGUGGUGGCUUUGGAGCUUUUGGCAAUCAGGCUGGUAGUGGUGCCUUCGGCAGCAGCGGUUCAGGAACUGGAAGACCUCCGUCGCAACUGUUUACACAGAUGAGGAAAUAGUUUGCUGCUGUAUGUAUGAGAGAAUGAUGCAACAACUGUCUCCUUAGUUUACUCAUCAUACACUAUUCGUAUCUGUAGAUUUACUUGAAAAUAUGAUGCAUAUCAUUUUGAGCAGUCUAAACUUCAGCAGUAAUUAUUGCAUAUAAGACGAGCAGAAAUGAAGAUGAUUUCUUGAGAUCGACA